AUGUCUACUGCUAAGAAACACACAAAGACACAUUCUACAUAUGCAUUCGAGAGCAACACCAACAGUGUUGCUGCAUCUCAAAUGAGAAACGCGCUAAACAAGUUAGCAGACUCAAUUGGCUCUGAGCACGGUGACGAUGCCCGUACCCGUUUCGAGAACGAGUUGGACUCUUUCUUCACUCUUUUCAGAAGAUACUUGGUCGAGAAGUCCUCUUCUAACACUUUGGAGUGGGACAAGAUCAAGUCCCCUAACCCUGAGGAAGUUGUCCGUUACGACACUAUCAACUCUCAGGCUGAGAACGUCUCCAGCUUGUCUAAGCUAGCUGUGCUGAAGUUGAACGGUGGUCUAGGUACCUCUAUGGGUUGUGUCGGUCCAAAGUCCGUGAUCGAAGUUAGAGAAGGUAACUCCUUCUUGGACUUGUCCGUUAGACAGAUCGAGCACUUGAACAGACAAUACGACAGUGACGUGCCAUUGUUGCUAAUGAACUCUUUCAACACCGACAAGGACACAGAACACUUGAUCAAGAAGUACUCUGCUAACAGAAUCAGAAUUAGAUCUUUCAACCAAUCCAGAUUCCCUCGUGUUUACAAGGACUCCAUGCUGCCUGUCCCAGAAACUUACAACGAUCCAAAGGACGCUUGGUACCCACCUGGCCAUGGUGACUUGUUCGAAUCCCUACACGCUUCCGGUGAAUUGGACGCUUUAAUCGCACAAGGCAGAGAAAUCUUAUUCGUAUCCAACGGUGACAACUUGGGUGCCACUGUCGACCUAAAGAUCCUAAACCACAUGAUCGAAACAGGUGCCGAAUACAUCAUGGAAUUGACCGAUAAGACCAGAGCCGAUGUUAAAGGUGGUACUUUGAUCUCUUACGAUGGCCAAGUCCGUCUAUUGGAAGUCGCCCAAGUUCCAAAGGAGCACAUUGAUGAAUUCAAGAACAUCAGAAAAUUCACCAACUUCAACACCAACAAUUUGUGGAUCAACUUGAAGGCUGUUAAGAGAUUAGUGGAGUCCAGCGCUUUGGAAAUGGAGAUUAUUCCAAACCAAAAGACCAUCACCAGAGGUGGUCAAGAAAUCAACGUUCUACAGCUAGAAACCGCCUGUGGUGCCGCCAUCAGACACUUUAGCGGUGCUCACGGUGUUGUCGUCCCAAGAUCAAGAUUCUUGCCUGUCAAGACAUGCUCUGAUUUGCUGCUAGUGAAGUCCGAUCUAUUUUACUUGCAACAUGGUGCUCUAAAAUUAGAUCCAUCAAGAUUUGGUCCAAACCCAUUGAUCAAGUUGGGUUCCCACUUCAAGAAGGUCUCUGAUUUCAGCGCCAGAAUUCCACACAUUCCAAAACUAGUGGAAUUGGAUCAUUUAACCAUCACAGGUAACGUGUUCUUAGGUAAAGGUGUCACUCUAAGAGGUACCGUUAUCAUCGUUUGCUCAGACGGUCAAAAGAUCGAUAUUCCAAACGGUUCCGUUCUAGAAAAUGUUGUCAUCACUGGUAACUUGCAAAUCUUGGAACAUUGA